AUGCAUUCUUUAACAAUCACAAGGUUUCUUAUGUUUCUUCUGGUUUCGUCCAUCAUUGCCAGCACAUGUUAUGGACAUGGACCAAAACGAUACAUUACUCCAAAAGAUAUUGUCAAGAGAGGUUCCCUCACAUGCAUUGCCUCUCCAUCAGAAACUGAAGGUCCAUACUUCGUUUCAGGAAUGCCCUAUCGUGCCGAUAUAACAGAAUCAAAAUCAGGUUUCCCAAUUCAUCUCUACAUUACAAUUUUAGAUUUGGCCACUUGUCUUCCAACCAAACAGAAUGUCACUGUUGAAAUUUGGCAUUGUGAUUAUUUGGGAAUUUAUUCACACUAUGAAGAAGCUUCCAAGAAUUAUGCAAACCCAAAAACAGACACCAAUACUUAUUUUAGAGGAAAACAAUUUACCAAUUCGAGUGCAGUUGCAUAUUUCAAAACUAUAUAUCCAGGAUGGUACACUGGAAGAGACAAUCACAUUCAUGUUAGAAUUUGGCAGGAUAGUACUCUUCUAUUGACCUCUCAAUUUUCAUUCAAUGAUUCAAUGACAGAUGCUGUUGCAAAAGUUUCACCUUACACUUCAAAUACCAACCAGAGAACUUCACUCUCCACUGAUUCUGUUUUUAAAGAUAAUGGAGUGUUAGGAAUGUUGACUUUGAAGCAAAUUUCAUCAAGUGAUAUCAGUGCUGGAUUUUAUGCAUAUGUUGAAAUGGGAGUUUCAAUGAAUGGUACAACAGCUUCUGAGGGAAAUUCUCUUAGUGGAAAUGUCAAUGUGAUGGUUCUUAUGGCAUUGUUGGCUAGUUUCUUAUUUUGGUAA